GGAGAGAAUCUGGAAAACACGAUGGCAGCCUUUCACCAUGCGGUUAAUAUAGGAACAGACAUGUUGGAGCUAGAUUGUCACCUGACGAAAGAUGAGCAAGUGGUUGUGUCCCAUGAUGAGAACCUGAAGAGAUCAACAGGAGUUGAUGUCAACAUAUCUGACCUCAAAUACUCUGAACUUCCACCAUAUCUCUGCAAGUUGGAUGUCACAUUUCAGAAAGAAUGUCACUGCGAGGGAAAAGACAACCGUAUUCCACUCCUGAAAGAGGUGUUUGAGGCAUUUCCAGAAACUCCUGUCAACAUUGACAUCAAAGUGAACAACAACGUGUUGAUCAAAAAGGUUUCAGAGCUCGUGAGUCAGUAUAAGCGAGAGCAUUUGACAGUAUGGGGGAAUGUCAAUUAUGAGGUUGUAUCAAAGUGUCUUAAAGAGAAUGCUGACAUUCCCGUCAUCUUCUGUUUGCAACGUGUCCUCCUGCUUCUUGGCCUGUUCUACACUGGGCUGCUGCCAUUCAUUCCUUUCAAGGAAGAAUUUUUGGAAAUUCCCAUGCCUUCAAUCAUCCUCAAGCUGAAAGAACCACAGAAGAUGACAAGAAGCCAGAAAUUUAUUAUCUGGCUGGCUGAUGCAUUGCUAAUGCGGAAAGCACUUUUUGACCACCUCACUGCUCGGGGCAUUCAGGUGUAUAUUUGGGUACUGAACGAAGAACAAGAAUACAAGAGGGCAUUUGAUUUGGGAGCAACUGGAGUGAUGACAGACUAUCCGACAAAACUUAAGGAGUUUUUACACAAUUAUCCAGCGUAAAGGAAGAAAACCAAGGAAGUUCUUGGAGACGAGAUUGUGAGCCAAGGAUUUUCUUCAUUUAAAAGAAAAAAUCAAGCAGCAUACACAGAUUGUUUUGUUUGAAAGAUGUAAUUGGAUGAUCUAUUACCUUGUUGUUGAGUUGCUACCUAAUGUAAAGGUUGUCUAUUUAUUUUAAAACUUUAAUUACAUAGUUUACAUUUGUAAAUAGCUCAUUUAGCAACAGCGCACUUCACAAAUAGUCAUGACUAGGAAGAAAGUUGCUGGAUAAGAUACCUGUAGAUAAUAAGCAUUAUUUUACCUGUCGCAAGUGUUCCUAAGCAGAUGUCAAGACAUGUCAGUUAUUCCAGUUAUAUUCUAGCGGGCAGAAAUGAAAGAAUUUCUGAAAGUGUACCCUGUGUGUAUGCAUUUCUUGUGCUGCUUUUAGUUUUCAGAUAACUUGUAGAUCAGAAAAGAAAAACAA